CAGAAAAACCGAGUCAAAUUCCAAGUGUUGCAUUUUCAGUAGUCAUUUGAGAAAUUAAAACAAAUAAGAGUAGUAAAAAGCAGCAGAGCAACGAGAUUUCCUUCUAUCCACCGAAAGAACUAACUGCAUGCACUUUAAAUAGCUCCAUUUCUUUCAGAGCUUCCACAGAGUAAAGGAAAAACAGUGCAUUUAAUUUGGAAAGAACAGAAACAAUGGCAGAUACAUUGACAGAUGAUCAACUGAACAUGCUCAAGACUAAAUUCAAUACCUUCGACCCAGAUGGCACUGGCAUAAUCACUAGGGAUCAGCUGGCCGAUGUGUUGAGAUCGUUAGGGCAAGAUCCCACCGAGGAGGAGUUGGAUCAAUUUGUGCAGCAGCUGGGCAGUGAGGAUGGGAAUAUUCACUGGGAUAAAUUCGUCGAACUCAUGGCCCAGACAAUUUCUGCAUUAGCUGGGCAGUGAGGAUGGGAAUAUUCACUGGGAUAAAUUCGUCGAACUCAUGGCCCAGACAAUUUCUGCAUUAGCUGGGCAGUGAGGAUGGGAAUAUUCACUGGGAUAAAUUCGUCACAGUCAUAGCCCAGAUUAUAAACCCCAAGCGACCACUCUCACAUUAUUCUAGUACAAUUGUCAAUUUAAAUACUCACAUUUUUGUCAAGUUAUUGACGAAAAAAUGUGUCAAUGUUUCUAAGAUAUAAAGAUAUUUAUUUCUUUUUAACUAAUGUGUAUAAUAAAAGGGUAAGUUUAUCCUCCUAUAAAGGUUUAAUGCAAUUUUGUAUUCCUCCAUAUUGAAGGAUUAUG